UACACUGCUAGACUACUCUAUUGCUAGCUAGCUCUAGCCGGCCGGGGAACGAACACUGGUCUUCGCCAUGGAGUGCACCUCAAGAACCAGCAGGCUCUCGUGCUGCCUCCUCCUGGUCGGCGUCGUCCUGCUGGCCUCCUCCCCGGGCUCGGCGGCCGCGCCGCGCCGGCUGCUGCAGACCUGCCUAGGGCAGGACUUCGACGUGCCCCACGAGCACCUCCGCGCCAAGAAUAACGUGCGGCCGCUCAAGUACACGCAGGAGCUCUCCGACCGGGCGGCGGCGUGGGCCGCCCAGUUCAAGGACAACUGCGCCGCCGCCGCGCCCGCGCCGGGCAUCAACGUGUUCCUGGGCAACGCGGGCACCACCUGGCUGCCCAGCGACGCUGUCGCCGCGUGGGCCGAGGAGGAGCAGCACUUCGACUACGGCUCCAACACCUGCGCCGACGGCAAGGGCUGCGGCCGCUACACGCAGAUGGUGUGGCGGGGAAGCAAGGAGUUCGGCUGCGCCACCGUCGACUGCGCCUCCGGGGAGACGCUCAUGGCGUGCCACUACGAGCCGCAGGGCAACAUCAUGGGCCAGAGGCCCUUCUGAUCCGAUGCGAUGCGAUCCCUCGCCGGCCGCUGCCGCGCGCGCCGGAACACAGGGAGCUACGACAUGCAUGGGGCUUGCUAUAGCUCAAGAGCUACCACCAUGAACGCAACCAGCAAGGUGCCACUUUACCAUCGUUCCCUAAUCAUGCUUUGAGCUUUUUUACAUUUCCUCUUAUACCUAGCAAAUUAUUUGAUGUUGAGAGAGUUCAGUAGAUGAUAUAUGCCAUGAGAGUGACGAGCUCAUAGGUUUGUCCUCGUUUGUUUUGUUCAUGGCAUGAUCUCAUGAGAACCAAAUUAAUUAAUCUGUCGUCUCCUCGUAUCUCAACUUACCUUAUCUUUAUUCA